CUGAGUUAACUCGCUGUAUACCCGCGUGUGCUCCCCCGACAGACCCCAUAUAUAUUAGCAUUCCCCAACUGGACUGUUGCAAGACCAGGGAGCGUUGAGACACACCCUCUGCGGAAGAGCUGAAGAAUCGCACAGUGACGCCAUAGCCGAAGAGCUGAAGGCCGAUUUCUUGCUCAGACACCGUUCCCCAAAGAAUGAGCAAUCAAGACAUUUCAAAGGAAACCAUCACCAACAAGGAAAUGGAAGCCAUUGAUGAUGAUGGCAACAAUGACAAUGACAACUCUCAGUCUGUCUCCACUCCAGGUAAUGGAAAUAGGAACAAGAGGAAGUUUUUGUCUGAGUUCCCUUUAGACAUUCCUAUAGACUCGCCACCUCUGUCUCUAACAGAAUUCCCUAGAUAUGAACUUUUAGAGGAAAAACUCCGCAGCACACUAAGCAAGUUUGCAUCUCUCAAUCUUCAUCCAGACUCGCAUGAUGAAAAAUCUGAUAUAGAAACACAAGAAGCUGAUUGGGAUGAUCCCAUUGCAUGCGAGAUAGAAAAGCUUCUAACACACAAUCUGCAUGCAACUUUCCAGACUGCAGUCAAGAAGAUAGUCGAGUGUGGGUACACUCAAGAACUUGCAGAAUCUGUUGUUUUGAGGAGUGGGCUUUAUCAUGGUAUUAAGGAUGCUGUGUCUAAUGUUGUUGAUGGCGCGUUGGAUCUAUUAACUAAAGAAAAGAAUUUGGGAACUAGGUAUCAAUUAUUCGAGGAGUUUGAUAGUCUAGUGGAGUAUGCAAUCUUGGAGAUGGUUUGUGUGUUAAGGGAGAUCAAGCCAUUCUUAACUGUCGCCGAAGCAAUGUGGGUCCUCCUGAUUUGUGAUCUCAAUUUGUUACAUGCAUGCGCAGUGAAAGCAGAUCUUUCGUGCGAGUUCUUUAAUCAAGUAGCAAACCCGGAAGCUUCUAAAACCAGUUCAAACCAAGAAAAACCUAAUCUUUCAAAUAAAUCUGUGCCGGGUCCCGCUGCCCCUCAUCUACUAAAAUAUUCCCGGUUUCGUGAUGUUACUAUUAGUAGUAAAGACGGAGGUCCGUUUUCUCUUAUGGAAAUGGAUGGUAAGUCCAUAGGGGCUGCCAGAGAUAUUAUUCAGACAGUAACCCAAGCUGCUGUCUCAGAAGAAAAAUCUGUGGCCAGUCGGAAGGGAUGCUCACUUCAUUCCAAGAAAGACCUCUUAAGGCAAAAGCCGUUUCCUUUCGAGAAGACUUACAAGGGCCGUUUUGGUAAGGGGGGUUUUAAGGCCAAAAUCACAUCUUGGGGCGGAAUGCUUCUGGAUAAGACCCUGAACCCUCAAACUGGCUCUUCUUCUACUACGUGUACUAAAGUCACCUACUCUAAGACAACUGUCACAACAAAGACAAGUAAAUCUGGAAAUGUCACUGCACCUAUACAAGACCCUGUUCUUGCACUUCCUGAUGUGUCCUCUUAUUACGCCGGCAUACCAUAUGAUGAAUCUUUAGGGAAAUAUGUUCCUCAAAAUGAGAAAGAUGAGGUUGUUUUGAUACUGGUUCCACACCUGCAGAAGCUGGAGAAAGAGAUCCAAGGUUGGACUGAUUGGGCUAAUGAGAAGGUCAUGCAGGCCACCCGAAGGCUAACAAAGGACCAAGCUGAGCUGAGACUGUUGAGGCAAGAGAAAGAUGAGGCUGAAAGGUUCCAAAAGGAUAAACAUAACCUUGAGGAAAACACUGUGAAGAGGCUCUCUGAGAUGGAGCAUGCUUUGUCCAAUGCUAGUGGGCAGAUGGAUGCUGCUUCCUCUUAUCUUCAGAGGCUUGAGGCGGAACAUGCUGUGUUGGAAAAGAAGAUGGAGGCUGCGAAAUUGCUUUCUCUGGAAUCUUCUAGAAAGUUGCAGGAAGCUAUGGUGAGAGAGCAAGCUGGACUGAAGAGGUGUCAAGCGUGGGAGGUGGAGAAGAGUUUGUUGCAGGAAGAGCUAACUGCUAUGAAAUGUGAAGGGGUCAAAUUACAGCAGCAAUUAGAGAAAGCUUUGAAACGCAUGAAUCAGAUUGAGGAUCUCUUUGAACAGCAGAGGAAGGAGAAACAAGAACUUCUUAAGAUGGUUGAUUCUCUCCAGGGUGAAAGAGAGUAUCUGGGAUCUCAAGCUAAAGCAGAGGAGGAAAAUAUUAGAGUCAUUGCUGAAAGAACCAUGCAGAAGCGUAAGAAUGAGAUUGACAAGCUUGAAAGUGAGAUCUCCGGACUAAGGUUAGAGUCUGAAGCUUCAAAGAUAGAGGCACUUCGGAGAGGCAUUGGCAAGCCGAGCCCACAGAACCCGUUGAUUAAACAAAGGCUGGCAGAUGGAAGCGUUAAGCCAGAGAGAGAGUGUGUGAUGUGUUUGGCUGAGGAAGUUAUGGUGGUAUUCUUGCCGUGUGCGCAUCAGGUCCUUUGCACAGAGUGCAACAUUCUUCAUGAGAAGAAGGGAAUGAAUGAUUGCCCAUCUUGUAGAACGCUAAUCAAGAAACGGAUCAAUGUGCUAUAUUCUUCUCCAUCUUAGCACCUUGAGGGGGUAAAGGGUAGGAAGCUAUUGACAUUCAUCGGUUCUAUUUUUUCCUCUAUUUUACAGCUAAGAAGUAACAAUGCUUGAGAGAGCCUGGAGAGGGGGAAAACAGAAUAGAACAGAGAUUUAAACUAGAGAAAAAGCUAUGGUGUGAAUGUGGAUGGAGCAUUUUUUGCCUUUUAAGUGGGCUUUGUAAAUUUCAACUGCUAAGACUUGAGAUACAUCAUCAUAGAUGAUACAAGAGUCGUAGUAGUCUUGCGAUCUUGCCUCCCCAUUUACUGUGAUGAUUUAAGGCUCUGUUUGGUAAUAGUUGUUUGGCAUAGUUGGAUGAUCUCUUGAGAGGGAAAAAGUGAUAAAAUCGAUUUUGGUGAA